UUGGCGUCAUCGGCGAGCGCCGUCACAUCUGGGGACUGUCAGAGAGCCCUCGAAAGGGUUUUACCCAGAUCCGCCAUGAGCAAGCGGAACCAGGUGUCGUACGUGAGGCCCGCCGAACCCGCCUUCCUGUCCCGCUUUAAGGAGCGAGUCGGGUACAGGGAAGGGCCCACCAUAGAGAGCAAGAGAAUCCAGCCUCAGCUCCCAGAUGAAGAUGCUGAUCACAGUGACCAAGAAGAUGAACGGCCCCAAGUGGUGGUUUUAAAAAAGGGAGACUUGACAGCUGAAGAAGUCAUGAAAAUUAAAGCAGAAAUAAAGGCUGCAAAAACAGAUAUAUCUGAAAAUGAAGAACCAGCUCCAACUGAUGGAAGAAUCAUGUAUCGAAAACCAGUCAAGCGUCCCUCAGAUGAAAAAUAUUCAGGUUUAACAGCAAGCUCAAAAAAGAAGAUAACAAGUGAAGACAAAAUAAAUAAGCAGGACUUAGUUAAAAAGAACUCACAAAAGCAAAUAAAAAACACCAGCCUCCUUUCUUUUGACAAUGAAGAGGAAAACGAGUAAGUGUAAAGCAUUUUGUACUUAGUCUUCUUUGAAAGUACAUAUGGUAUUUUUAAAAAAUAUUUCUUUUUUUAUGUCUUUUAAAAUAACAUUUUUCCCUGUUACACAAGUUCAUCUUAGAAAAUACAGAAAAAAAUUUAAUAAAACAAAAUUUAUGUCUAUCCAUCAAUAAUCCUUUGACAGGAAAUGUCAACUUUAUAGAUAUUGACAUUUUGUUACUUGCAAUAUGUGUGUAUAUAUGUAUGUAAAUUAUAUUUUAUAAACAAAAUUGAGAUUGUAUUAUGUGUGUUUUCUGUCCUCCCUUCUUAGUUGACAUUACAUUGUGAGCAUUUUUUCAGGUCAUCAAACUUCAUAAAUCUGACAUUAAUAGUGACAGAGAAUUUCAUAAUUAAAUUAAUUCCCCUUAUUGUAUCUUCUCCAUUAGCAGAACACUUUGAGGGAGAUGAUAAUGCAACUAGUUAAAAAUACUUCCCUAAGUGGGUGCAGUAGCUCACUCAUAUCUAUAAUCCUAGUGACUCUGUGCUGGGGCAGGAGGAUUGCAGGAUCAAGACAAAUAUCAGCAACUUAAUGAGGCCCUAAGUAAUUUAGCAAGGACCUGAUAGUAAAGCACCUCUGAGUUCAAUCCCUGGUACCAAAAAAAAAAAAAAAAAAAAAAAAACCACACAGUUCCUGCCAAGGGUGGCCCUGUUACUCUGCUCUGGCAAGGUAAAAGUUGCAGGUGGAAGCCUGCUUAAUAAAGAUGCUGGGUUUUUUAUACAAAAGAAUGGGCUUGAAAAAUAUGAGCCUUUGCCCUUAUCUCUUCAUCCUGCUUGGAGUACAGACAUGAGAGCUAGAAGUAGCAGAGCUGUGGUUUUUUUGGCACACAGAAGACAACUACUUUCUGGGGGUAUUAAAGUAGAAAAAUUGAAGGAGCUUGGAUCUUUAUGGCAUGCACCAGACUUGGAUUGCUAGCCUCUGAACUUCUUCAUACAUAAGAAGAAUAACCACUAUGCUUAUUUAAGCUUCUGACAAGUUUCUCUUAAAGGGUCCUGCAGUCAAAUGCCAUCCAUCCAUCCCUACAGGCUGGGGUUGUAACUCAGUGAAAGAGCACAUACCUAGCAUGGGUGAGGCACUAGGUUCAAUUCUCAGUACCACAUAGAAAUAAAUAAAGGUCCACUGACAACUUAAAAAAAAAAUUAAAAAAAAAAUGACAUCCCUAAGUGAUACAGUAAAUAACUGGUUAAACAUGAGUGUAUUUCUGAAUAUUGAAUGAAUUACUGGUAGCAUUUUUUAAACAUUUAUACUAUUUAUUAAGAGUUAAAAGUAUUUGAAUAUUUUUAAAGCAGAUGUUCAGUAAAAAUUGCUUUUUGGUUUGUUUUGUUUUGGUUUUUACCAUUUUGUUCAUUAAUCAACCCUAAGAGGCCACUUGACCUCAGGCAGAGUAACAGUGCAUCAGCUUUGCGUUGACACUAGGCUUUUUUUUUUUUUUUUGGUCAACUUCCUAUUUUCAAAUGGUACUUAAUAGGUUAAGUUCAAUUGGCAUUUUCUUUGAUCUACCAAUGAGGCUAAACUUCAUUUUUUUAAGUUUUUUUUUUAAAUACCUUUAUUUUUAUUUAUUUAAUUUUAUGUGGUUCUAAGGAUUGAACCCAGUGCCUCACAAGUGCCAGGCAAGCACUCCCACUGAACUACAACCCCAGCCUAAGGCUAAACUUAUGAUGUUAACCAUUCUUUUCUAUUCCUUGAAUUAACUUUUUGUUAAUUUCCACUAGUUUAGUCAUGUUUCUCUUACUAAUUUAUAAAUUGUGUAAUUUAUGAACCUUUUGUUCUGUCUCAGAUAAAGAAUCACCUCACAAGGCAUAAUCCCAGUGACUCGGGAGGCUGAGGCAGAAGGAUCACAAGUUCCAGGCCAGCCUCAGCAACUUAAGGAGACCCUAUCUCAAAAUGAAAAGUAAAAAUGGCUGGUGGUAUAGCUCAGUGGUAGAGUGCCCUGGGUUCAGUCCCCAGUAUCAAAAAGACAAUCACCUUUAAUCGCUUGUUCUUUGUUUCAUUUUUUACAUUUUGAACUUUAUCCCACCUGGAAUUAAAAUAGAUAUACUUUUUUUCUCUCCAGUAAUCAAUUAUUGUAGACCCAUGCCUGCUUCUCAUUUGAAAGGCCAUCUGAAUGAGAGGUUUUUCCAAAUGUUGGGAUAGGGAAAGAAGAGAAGCAUUGUAAAGCCUGCAGCUUUCCUCAAGCACCUGCUUAAUGCUAAUAAUUUUUGUCAUCAGUAAAAGUCACCCAAAACUGGGGGCUUAAGACCCCAUCUUCACCAGCCACAUCUGUCUGAAAUUAGGAAUUUCAGAGCAUCCUGUGAUGAAUUUGGUGCCAUAUCUGUCUCCUUCAUUUUAAUAUCCAAAGACUACUCCAAAGCAGGGUGUGGGAGAAAGACUACUCACAGUUGACCUGUAGGUGGAAAGGGAGUCCUGAUAUAGGCUCUUUCUAAAUUAUUCAACUAGUCCUGAAGCCAUUCUGCAAUACUCUCUUUAAUGUAUACUCAUUUGUUAUGUAAGUCAUGGUGUUUUGUUUUGUUUUUGUUUUUGUUUUUCCUCUAUUUAUAUUAUUGUUCUAUUCUUGAACCAUAACUAUACUGGUUUAUCACCACUGUAUCCUCAGAACCCAGAAGAAUACCUGGCAUAUUAGGUACACAAUAAAUAUAUUUAGAAUGAA